GAAAAGAAUGGAUGUUCCCUCAAGCCGUCGUUUUCUCGGGCUCGUAGCUUUGGGCUGCGGAGUGUAUGUUGCGCGGGAAGUAUACAUAAUGUAUUUCGGUGAAAAACCGUGGGAUAGAAAACAGCACGGUUAUGAAAGAUAUCCUCCGCGCGGAAAUUUCCCAGAUUUACGCCUGCAUAACAACAUGAUGGCGAAUCACCUCACACCAGACUUGUACGAGUCGUUGAGAUUCAUAAAUACCCCUUGUGGUUUCACUCUCGACCAAGCUAUUCAAGUCGGUGUGGACAAUUUGGGGGUUCCAUGGCAACGAGCAUCCGGGAUAAUAGCGGGAGACAGCUAUUCUUAUGAGGAGUUUGCACCAUUGUUUGAUGCUAUAAUCGAAGAGUACCAUGGACAUAAAAGAAAGGAUUUUCAUCCAAGGGAUAUGGACAGUAAAAAGAUCGCCGAGGGACAACUGAACAGUAAUUACGUGCUGUCUGUUAGGCUGCACGCCCGACGCUCCCUCCGGGGUUAUGCCUUGCCGGCUGGGUGUUCCCGUAGCACGAGGAGGAGCCUUGAGGACCUUAUUUGCUCGGUGCUCAUGCGACUGGGAGGUGAAUUUGUAGGUAAAUACAAGCCAAUUGCUGAGUUUCCAGAUCCAAAGCUUGGUUCUCUGAAUGUGACAUCGCAUCCCACGUCACCAUUGAUAACAUGCUCAGGGCGUGCUCGAGACUGGCCUGAGUCACGUGGUAUCUUCCGUAAUAAAGACUCCACCUUUGUUGUGUUUGUAAAUGAAGACGACCACCUGCAGUUUAGGUGCUUUGAUAAAGGAGGGAACUUGCAAGCGGUGUUUGAUAAGUUAAUUCGAGGCAUGGCUGCGUUUGAACGAGAGCUGAAGAAGUCUGGGGAAGAGUUUAUUUGGGAUGAUCACCUUGGUUACAUAGUGUCGGACCCAAUCCAUCUCGGUACUGCACUUGACGUCAGAGUUCGCGUUAAACUACAUCACCUAUCCACGGAUUCAAGACUACGAUGGAUACUUAAAGCCUACAAACUUGAAAAGAAAAGGAGUGGCCUCUCCGAAGGAGAAAUACUAGCUGGAAUAAUGUACAUUCAUAACACCCAGACUUUGGGUAUGUCUGAAGUAAAUUCUAUCCAGCAGUUAUGUGAUGCAGUUAAACGUCUUAUAGUGUUAGAGCGCAUGCUUGAACAAGGACAGGAUAUCGAAGACGCCUUACCCCUCUCACAGAUUUCUAUGGGAAAAUUAAUUGGAUUUGGGACCAUGGGAUCUUAAAUUAUCUGAAUGCUUCGUGCAUGUAAAAUAUAUAGACGACAACUGAUUCUUUAUAGACUGUUUUGUACCUAGCUUCACCUUAUGUUUUCUUUAUUGUAAACAGGUUACUCAUUUACAUCGAUUAAGAAAAGUUGAAACACUGAGGAAAUAUUAUCUGCGUGCUCUGAAUUUCUAUCAUUUAGUGUAGUAUUAGUCUUGUACCCAGAAAUUUCACGGUUAUUGCUACACAGUAGGAUCUGGGCACGAGAUUAGUGCAGUGCAUGGAACUUUUCAGUCUGCUGGAUUAGCAUAUGGAGAAAAAGGAAUACUUUCGUUAUUCAUUUAGUACAGUUUUACAGAAUAAGGCUUAAUAAAGAAUAUUUCAUUCACAA